CGGGACUUAAAAAAAAAAAAACCCCAAAAGCAGGAGGCAGAGCAACUUCUCGCCCUCGACUCAAUGGGACAAGCAGAAUUUGUGACGGUGCUUUGGGCAAAAGAAGACGCGGGCGAGGAUUCAUAAAUAAAUGUUCAAUAGAGCUGAAAUGAGCAUGUGAGCGGGAGAAUGAGGAUGUACUCAGUCGAGCUCUAAGCCAUGAAAUUUGUCAUCAUGGAAUCAAAGCCUUCAAACCAGAUGCUGUUUUCGUAAAUCCACCAAUCUAUUUCAAACUAUAGCUGCUACAGGACUAGAAUGUUAGCCUAUGUGUAAUUUGCUCUCGCCUAGUGGGAAAUGGCUUUUAAGCACGAAGACAGUUAAAAUUAUCAAACACAGGUUGCGAUUAUUUACCAGAAUCAGAGGGAAGCAGCAGGAAAAGAAAGUAAACACAAUCAAGAUGGAGGUAAAAGGUUAUAUAAAUCAGGUUACAAGCAGCAACGACAGCAUAAGCUCUUCAAAUUCCAUGGUAGAUGGAAAACGAGACAAGGAGGAUCUCAGCUAUGGUAAAAGUCUUUUGUUAGACAAGUCCAAAUUUGAUCUGCAGUUACAACUUUUGGCUCUACAGAUUCCUCAAGAACUAUGUAGUAUUGCAUCUCGAAUUUUGCAUGGGUAUUUGUUAGACAGACCGCGUGUUAAACCUGUUGCACAAGAUCCUUCAAACGAGAAGAUUCGACUUCUAAUUUUAUCGGAAAGCGUCAAAGAUCCAGGGUUAUCUGAAGUGGCAGCUGAUAAACUUGAAUCUUUGAAGAAAGUGUGUGAUAUUAGAGUGGUUCCAUAUUCACUAGUACUUGGAUACACAUACUGGACAGCUGAUCAUAUUCUUAAGGAAAUCUUACCCCCUGGAACGGAAAUUCCUUCAUCAUUUGAAACUAUAGGACAUAUUGCUCAUUUGAAUAUAUGUGAGAACCUGCUUCCAUAUAAAGAUGCUAUUGCAAAAGUAAUUUUUGAUAAAAACCAGCCAAGGAUCAAAACUGUUGUAAACAAGGUUGGGACCAUUUGUAAUGAGUUUCGCGUGCCUACAUUUGAAAUUUUGGCAGGUGAAGGAAAUUUGAUCACAGAGGUUAAGCAGUAUGGAGCCACGUUUCAGAUGGAUUAUGGCCUGGUAUACUGGAACUCAAGAUUAGAACAUGAACACAAACGGCUGGUAACACAAUUCCAGCCUGGACAGAUCAUCUGUGACAUGUUUGCUGGUAUCGGGCCCUUUGCUAUUCCUGCAGCACUGAGAGGUUGCAUUGUAUAUGCAAAUGAUUUGAAUCCAAACAGCACAAACUAUUUGCGCAUCAAUGCAGAACAAAACAAGGUGAAGGAAAGAAUUUCUGUAUUCAAUAAGGAUGCGAGGGAUUUUAUACGCCAUUUGACAGUGAAGACAGAUAGUGAGCCUGAUGCAGAAGGGCAUAUUAAAGAUUGCAAAACUGUAAAUGUACAGUGGUUGGAAGACAGUGCUUUCGUAGAAUUACGUGAUAAUACCAAUAGCAGACAAGAAAUUUCAGCAGCAGAGUUGAAGAGUAGGAAUGAUGGCCUCCAUGCUGAGAAUGGUCCUCAGAACAUUGGAGCUUUAGUUGGAGACAUGAGUGUAGAGCCUAGUGGAUUUUCAAAAGGAACUACUGGAGGUCAGGGAAUUGAAGAGUUGAGUCAUAAAAUUCCAUUGAGCUGUGAACAAAAAAAAUGUUCAGUUAAUACAGACAUUGUGAAAAAUGAAUCUACAAAAAGAAACAAAAGAAAGGAGAAGGAGCAGAUGGCAGCCACUGGCGUUGAUAUCUCAGAAGGCAAGCCUUGGGAGCAUUUUGAUCAUGUAAUCAUGAACUUACCUGCUUCUGCACUGGAAUUUCUUGAUGUUUUUAAGGGGCUUAUUUCAAGGAAGUAUUGGAAAGGGACUAUGCCCUUGAUUCAUUGUUAUUGUUUCAUGCGUUCGAAUGAGACAGAAGCAACAAUCAUUCAGCGUGCAGAAGUGGCCCUGAUGAGCAAAAUAGAGGAUCCUGUUGUCCAUAAAGUUCGGGAUGUGGCUCCAAAUAAGGCAAUGCUAUGUUUGAGUUUUAUGUUACCAGAGAAUGUUGCAUUUAGAGAUGAAAAUAUGUCUACAUUGUUUGAAGGCCAAGAGGAUGAAGUUGAAAGUAUCAAUUCAGAAGGUUUUUUAAAACGAGCACGGACAGAUUUAUUUCCAUCCCUUGGAGAGAAGAUACGAAUAAUGUUUUUGAUUUAUGCUCCAAUGAAAUUCUCAAGGUCUUAUAAAAAUUCAGCUGAGAAGGAGCAUUGCUAAGCUUGGUGGGUGGAGAGCUCCAAAAAGGUUUAUGUCGAGAAUUUUGACCUUUGACAGGUUCAUUGCGCCCAUAAAAAAGUCAACUAGAAAGGAAAAAUGUAGAUGUUGAAAGCAUUUUAGGACCUGAUUUUUUGUUCAAUACAUCAACGGAUCUUAUUUAGCAGACAAUAUACUAUAAGGCAUUCUAGAUUUUUGAGGUAUAUCAACCAUUAAACGAACAUUGAAUCAUAAAAGUCAUAGUUUUCCGUAAGCUUUCUUUUGCAACUAAUAAAUUUAGUGGUCUAAAAUGCAGGUUCUUAGCA